GGCAUUCCGAACCUUGCCUUGGCGUCUUGUCCUGCUCUGGUCGCUGCAGCCACGGAAGCCAGGUCCAUCAAGAAUUCCCAGAUGUGACGAUGACAGAGGCAUAGUCCGGCUACUGACGAACCAGAAUGACUGAAUUUGGAGAGAUCUUGAAGGCAAUUGGAGAAUUCGGAAGGUUUCAAAAAUGGCUGGUGCUACUCAUGUGCAUCCCCAAUUUCCUAACACCCUUCCAUAUGUUUGGCCAAGUGUUCAUCGUAAGGGACGUGCCGCACUAUUGCAACACAAGCUGGAUCCGUGCCCUUAGCCCAAACCUGACCACAAAGCAGGAGCUGAACUUGACGCUUCCCAGGAAACCAGAUGGCUCUUUUGAGGAUUGUUCCAUGUAUACUCCUGUGCAAGAGGACAUUGAAUCCAUCAGGAAAUAUGGACUCAAUGCCACGGAGAAGUGCCAGGAUGGUUGGGUCUAUCCUUCCCAGCCGAAGCCAACGUUGCUCACAGAGUUUAACCUGGUCUGUGACCGAAAAAAUUUAAAUGAUAUCUCUCAGUCCAUUUACAUGGGGGGCCUUCUUGCUGGAGCGCUGGUCUUUGGUCCACUGAGUGACAGGAUUGGUAGUCGAUGGAUGAUCUUGCUGACCCUCCUCCUCAUGGGCUCCUUUGGUGUCGGGGCUGGCUUUGCACCAAAUUUCUACAUCUACGUAGCCUUGAGGUUCAUUGUGGGGGCCGCCUUUGCUGGAAUCAGUAUAAGCAUGGCUGCUUUAAGUUCUGAGUGGGUCGGGGCUUCCUAUCGUGCAGUAGCACAGAUUAUUACCCACUGUUGCAAUGCCCUGGGUCAGAUGGCUCUGGCUGGCUUGGCAUAUGCCAUUCGUGACUGGAGGCUCUAUCAGAUUGUUGGCUCUGCUCCCGUGUUUGCUCUCUUUUUCUACAUAUGGGUCCUUCCAAAUUCUGCACGAUGGCUUCUGACAAAAGGGAAGAUCAAGGAAGCCCAAAAGGUGCUCCAGAAGGCAGCCUCCAUCAACAAACGAACUGUCCCUGAAGAACUGCUCAAUCAGCUGGCUCCGGAAAAGAAGGUGAAAUCUGGAAACAUCCUUGACAUUUUCAAGAUGCCACAUCUAAGGAAAAUGACAUUAAUUAUGGCCUGGGUAUGGUUUGCAGACAGUUUUGUGUACUACGGAGUGAGCCUUCACGUUGGGAAUUUCGGCUUGGACAUCUACAUGACCCAGCUUGUCUUUGGAGCAGUUGAAAUACCGUCUCGCGCCUCCUGUAUCUUCUUGCUCCAGUGGCUGGGCAGGAAGAAAUGCCAGGCGGCUUGGCUUCUUCUGGGCGGCAUCGUAUGUUUGCUUAUCCCUGCAAUUCCAAAAGAUUUCCCUGUGAUUGUGACGGUGCUGGCUGUUAUCGGCAAGUCUGCCUUAGCGGCAUCUUUUUCAACCAGUUAUGUGUUUUCUUCAGAGGUAUUUCCUACAGUUGUCAGGCAAACCAGCUUAGGGUUGUGUUCCAUGUCUGCCAGAGUCGCUGGCAUUCUCUCCCCUCUGGUUGGUCUCCUAGACAUGUACCACCCUGCCAUUCCCAUGGUGCUGUUUGGAAGCACGGCACUGAUUGCAGGAAUCCUCUGCUUCUUCCUACCUGAGACACGCAACAAAGAUCUUCAGGACAACACAGCCAAGUCUUCAUCAAAACAAGGGUCCAUGAAGGCUGUCAACACAAGCUUUAAAAAUGGACCUGUGGAACAGAAAGAAGAUGGCCAGACUGUCGAAUCUGUCAAGAGUACGCACCUCUAGCGGGAAUAGCAACUCCUCACAGAGCUGAAAGGAAUGGUGGGACAUGUCGUUUUCUUGGGAAGACUUUCACAGGCAAAUACUCCGGGAAUCCUUCUUGAUUCUCAUUCUUUCAAAAAGUACCACUCCCCUCCCUGUGCCUGCUCCUAGGUCUCUCAAAAGCAAAUACACAAAAGGCAAUGCACAGUCCAGAAGGUCCAGAGAGAGUCAUCAAGAGUAGACCUGGGCAUCUGCCCAACUCCACUAUUUCCACCUGCUUCAGCAUGCCCCAUUCCAUCUCCCCAAAUCAGAAUUGCCAUUCCUUGAUGCAGGAUCCAUCCCAGGAGAGGUCACUAAAGCAAUAGCCCCUUUUCUAAUACAUAAAGCAGUAUUAUGCAGCUCUGUGCAGACCAUGAAACUCUAAAGUGUGCCAGAGGGCCUGGUGGGGGCGUUAUCGUAAUAGGUCCAGAGUAUGUGCAAAGGGAUUUCUGUGGUGUUCUCUCUGGUAAGUGUGUAGUCAUUUUGGUGGAGAGGGGAAGAAGAAGACCCAAAGAUUCUUUCCCUUCAGUAUGAGUGUUUGCACUGAAGGUGGUGGUGAUAGGGAGAUGUUCCUUCUAUUCUAGGACCCCGCCAAUCAUCACCAUUCACCAGAUUGCGUCCACUCUCCCAACUUGUCACUCCAACUGGAUGGGUCCCUCAGCGCUUGCGACAAAGCCGUGCAAGCGACUUUAUUAGUUCUGUGUAAGAACAGCCAUGUUGUUCUGGCCUUUAAAAAAUAGUAACAGUGGGCAGUUUUCAGGAUACUUCCCUACAACUACACAAGCCUGUUUCAGUUUAGUAUUUCCUCUUGGUGUGGGUUAGGAAACAUGCAACCAUCUUUCUUGCACUUAUACACAAAGAUAGGUGACCUGUGGAACUCUGCAGUGACUCACAAUAAACAUUGUGGUUCUAAUGCUUACCAAAACAGUCCUGGGGAAAGCUUUGUAAUAUGACUGAAGUCCGAUAUGUUGAAGGUGCUGAGUCUGUUCUUCAUGUUUAUGAUACUGCCCCACACGUGGGUUCUGUGCCUGUGUAGAACAAACCCUGAAACGUUCUGUAGCCUGGAAAAUGGCACUUUUAAACCCCUUCCCUUGAAGGGGAGUUGCAGUGUUCUUCAGAUAAAUUAUACUACCCAUCUGUGGGUGCUGUUGAGACCUCUUUUGUAACACUAUUUUCAGUUCUCAGUUUCACAUUUCAAAAAGUAUUUUCUAGUUGGAUUCAGACAGAGCACAAAAGAGGCCCUCAGUCACCUAGAACAAGAGUUCUCAAACUUGGGUCUCCAGAUGUUGACGGAUCACAACUCCCAUCCUUCCCAGCCCCAAUGGCCUUUGAGGUGUCUGCCAUUUUCUUUUCCAGAAUGCAAUGGGUGCCUUGGUGCAAAACACAUAAUGCCUGUCUUGUCAUUUCGUCCCCCUUCUCUUCUGGUUUGCCCUAGGGGAGAACAAGAGGCAGUGGGCAUCUCACAACGUGACUUUUCCCUUUAACAGGCUUUGAAGCUUGAAAUGGGGCAAUGUGGCAUCCUUGUUGCCCGGCAACGGCUUAAGGAGCACAGAGACAGGGGACAGGCAAGUGCUCAGAGAGGCGGCCAGUAUGGAGUGGGCAAGUUCCUGGGGAGGUGGUGGUCAUGGGGGUCUAGACCACCCUCUCUAUGAUUUUGGUUCCAGAAACAGCACGGAGCCGUGGUUAUGGUGGCAUCUGCAUUUGGAUGUAAUGCUGCCGCCUUCAAACCUCAGUUUGGAGCGGUGAAACUCACUAUAAACCAAAAGUUCAACCUGGAGUUUGAUGAGGGGAAUCACAUGUUGCUUCUGCCAUGAAACUGUGGUUUCAUGCAUUCGGACGUACAUGGAUCUGAACCUCUGCCCCCUUCAACUCUGGUUUGGUGUUACGUGCAAAUGGGGUCACAGCAUUUUGAAAGCAAUUAAGCCCCUUCUGUUGCUUGUGUGGGACAUACCUUGGAGCCUUCUAUAGCCAGGAAAAUGUCACUUUUAAACCCCUUCCCUUGAGGGGAAUUGCAUUGAUUCUCAGAGAAAUUAUAGCGCUGGGCACUGUUUUCAGGUCUGAGUUUCACAGUUCAAGGAGUCUUGUCUAGUUGGACUCAGAGUUUAGUUGGACUCAAAAUCAGAUUGUCUAAUUUUGUGUGUGUGUGUGGGGGGGCUCAGUUUCAGAUGCUGGUGUUGACAUAUACAUUUCCAAAUGACCUGGGUCCUUAUUAGCUCAGGGAAUGCCUCUCCCCCAAAUGACACCCUCUCUUUCACUUUUAACUACUAAUGAGGCACUAGUCACCUUAAGUGGCACAGCGGGGAAAUGUUUGACUAACAAGCAGAAGGUUGCCAGUUCGAAUCCCUGCUGGUAUGUCUCCCAGGUUAUGGGAAACACCUAUAUCAGGCAGCAGUGAUAUAGGAAGAUGCUGAGAGGCAUCAUCUCAUACUAUGCAGGAAGAGGCAAUGGUCAACCCCUCCUGUAUUCUACCAAAGACACCCACAGGGCUCUGUGGUUGCCAGGAGUCGAAAUUGAUGUGAUGGCACAUUUUACCUUUAAUGAGGCCCUGCUGUCUGUCUGUCUGUCUGUCUAUCUAUCUAUCUAUCUAUCUAUCUAUCUAUCUAUCUAUCUAUCUCCUUUUUAAAGGCAAUUAAGCCCCUUCUGUUUUGAUGCACUUUUGGUAACUGAUUCUUAUUGUUCUCUGUUCCUUUCAUGUUUUGUAUAAGCUUUAUAUGUAUUGCUAAUUUUCAUUGGUUUAAUUUUUUAAAUGUUUUUUUGUGUGUAUACUGCUGUGUAACAGCAUACAAUAUUUUCAAUAAAACAACUUAAUAUUUAAUAUA